AUGCGCGACGCGGACUCGAUCACGGUCGACCCGCACAAGAGUGGAUACGUGCCGUACCCUGCAGGCGGGUUGUGCUACAAAGAUGAGCGCUCGAAGCACCUUAUCACAUGGACGGGCCCGUACAUCGACGGCGGCGCGGGCGACGUAGCAUCGAUGGGCGUGUACGGAUUGGAAGGCAGUAAGCCAGGCGCGGCGCCCGUCGCCGCAUACAUCUCGAAUGAAGUCAUCGGGCUACACCGCGGCGGCUACGGCGCGCUGCUCGGUGAGGCGAUGUUCACCUCGGUGAAGAUGUACGCACAUUGGGUAACGAUGUCGCUCGACUCGGACGUGCUCAUCGUCGUGCCGCUCGUGCGCCUGCCUGCAGAGCGCGCGGGACGGCCCGCAGCGGAGGUGGAGGCGCAGCGGCGCUUCGUCCGCGACCGCAUCCGCGACCGGCCGAACCGCGAGCUCGUACAGGAUGCGGAAGCGAUGGCCCUCGUAAAGGAGAUGGGCUCGGACCUUUCGAUCAACGCGUUCGCGUGCAACUUCCGGGUCACGCCGGGGGGCGAGGCGAACACGGACGUGAGCGAGGCGAGCUACCUGAACAAGCGCAUCAUCGAGCGGCUGUCGGUGGUGCGCGUGGAUGACGAGGCGCGGGAUAAGCCGGUGCUGCUUAUGGGCACCGAGCUGGAUGCGCGGAGGUACGGCGCGUGCUUGCGUGGGUUCAAGCGCCGGCUGGGGCUGGACGAGGACGACGCUGGGAGCUUGUCCGCGCUGUGCAAUGUCUCGAUGACACCGUUCCCCACGACUGGAAACUUCAUGACGGAGCUCGCGGAGGCGUUCCAGAAAGUGGCAGAAGAGGAAGUGCAGAACUGCCGGAAGCGGAGCAGGCCUGCGCCUGCAAUCCACAGCUUCGUUAUGCAGGGCACAAAGACACUUCACUUGACGUACAUGCCGAUGUUUAAUAUCGGAAGUUAUCGGCAGCAGCUCAUCGUCUCCGCGAAAUUGCCUGAAAAUGUCAUAGCAGCAUACGCGAAGGCGCGGAAAUCGAACCCUGCGGCGGUGUUCACUGCGCACACGACCGAGAAGGAGCAUCUGUCUACCAUGUUGCAGAAGCGACGAUGCAUAGUGGACAUUCAUGAGGAGCUACCCAUGCUACAUGGCGUGGCUGGAAAUGGCACGGCUUUCGCCUACCGGGGGGUGGAAUUGACCGACAUCACUAUAAUCAAGCACACAUCGCUUGCGCCCAGAAGCCUUGCAGGAGAUCUCGCUGCGUCGAUGCCGUUCUUCUUGCACGGAGCAUCGAACGAGCUGCACCUCGAGCACGUCAUUCUGAAGAGUCCCAGCAUGCAGCUCACUGCAUGUGAUGUGCAGCUCCGAGCCAAACGGCCUGAUGGGGGCGACUUCACACUCGACUACAGUGCUAUUGUUAAUUUCUGCGAUAUGCGAGAGUACGCCAUGCACCCACUGAGGAAAGAUCUCCACGGGCCUCUAUUCAAGCCUGGGCAAACGUUCAACGUCGUCGUCUAUGCGGAUCCUUUCUGCGGCCAAUAUGGGAUCAUGGCAACCAACAUACGCACCCUCAUGGACAAACUCGAAUACAAAAGGCCGCUUGCGAGAGGUACGAUCACGUUCGGCCGCAGCGUCUAUCUCGACGACGCACAUUUGAAUCGCCACACGGUCCCCGACCUCUGCGUUACACCCAAGGAGCGGCUGACGAAGGACGAACUCCUCCUGUCAGUAACGGAGGACUACCUCGCGCUUGCGGAGGACAUCGACCGGGUUGUGUCGCACCACAGCGUACUCGCCGCUCCCGACGUCGACACUCACAUAAUGUCGAAGGCGAACAUCCGUGGGAAGUUUGCACUGCAGCGGGGGAGCGAGGCAGUAGAUUGUAAUGCGCUACUGCUGGCACAACCGGUCGUGCACAUCAGUCGAUUCGCGCUGCGUGGCCCUAGCGACGCGCAUAGUCGAGAUGUGGCUGUACGGCAAGGUUGGCAGGACGCAUUCAACAAGGCGCUGAUUGACCACGAGGUCCGUAGCGCCAACGCCUCGCAUGUAUGA